AUGCUAAGGAGAUGGCUCAACUUAGAUAGCCCUGUGUUUUUCAAUAAUAUUUUCGCCAUGGAUGCACUUUGGAGGAAAUCGAGAAGCAGAGGACGGCUGCUUGUGUUUGCAGCAGUCUUUGUGUGGUAUGCAGGGUCUGUGAGCUGUUUCGGCCAGAGCCAAGACAGCGAGUUUACGUUUCUGUUGCCAGCAGGAAGAUCCGAGUGUUUCUUUCAAAACGCAAUAAAGAACGGUACGAUGGAGGUCGAAUAUCAGGUGAUAGCAGGUGCUGGUAUGGAUGUGGACUUCACAGUACUCUCCCCUCAGGGCAUCCGGCUCAUAUAUGAGUCACGACGCUCUGAUGGAGUCCACGUGGUGGAGCCCACAGAGGAGGGAGACUAUGAAAUCUGCUUUGACAACAGCUUCAGUCGCUUCUCAGAAAAGAUGGUGUUCUUUGAGAUCAUUAUUGAGGGCCAAGGAGGAGAUGUGGGAGGAGAUGAUGAGUGGGCAGGCUUAGAGGAGCCUGAGGGAAGCCUUCUUGAAUACAAACUGGAAGAUAUCAGGGAAUCCAUGGAAUCUCUUUACAAACGCUUGGAGCGCAGCCGACAGAUGCAGACGGUGCUGCGCGCUUUCGAGGCACGGGACCGAAACCUUUUGGAAGAUAACCUGUGGAGAGUCUCGUUCUGGUCGUGUGCCAGCGUGGUGGUGAUGUUGUGCGUGGCUCUUACGCAGGUCUACACAGUCCGCAAACUGUUUGAUGAUAAGCGGAGGGUCCGCACAUAGAGGGAUUGUUUUGAAGUAAUACAUGACAGACCGGGAAGGAAAUCAGCUGAGAACAAGGCAUUUGGUUACCCAUUCAAAUUAUUACUAUUGUGUAUUAUUGCUCUUAUAAUCCACAUGGACACAAACAGUCACAAUAAAUUCUGCUGGAGUUGUAUUUAAUUUCUGAGACCUUGUUCCACAUUUCUUUGUGAGCAAUAAGUAACAUUGUUACACCCUUAAGGGUAACCAGAUGAGUAAAGGGUUUAGGAAGUUUAGGUUAGUUAGUCAUUUCUGUCAUUUAGUGCCUUUAACGUCAGAUCUUACCACAAGCCAUCGAGGAAAUGUUGUCCUGUUGUACUGUCCCAUACUUCUGAAACUGUGUAAAGGUUUUGGGAAAUUUUCACCAAAGGUGUCAUUACCUUUGAAGGUCAAUUGUGUGACAACACUUAACAAUUGAUCUGUGUAACUUCUUUGACUGCUGGUUUACAGGGGAUAACAUUGUGCAAUAGUGUUGCUGGCUUAUUUGUCCUCAACAGAUCCUGCCAUUGUAACAGUGAUUUUAAUUGUCAUCACUCCAAGUGUUUCCUUGGUUAUAGCCUUAGGGAUGUUUUUCUUUUUCUUUUGAGAGGUUACUGAUUUAUUGUUAUGUGCCAUUAAAAGAAUGCUGACACACUCAUAAAUAAAAAUGCAGAACAAGAAUGAGGGAUUAUUUUCACAGUGAUUAAUGAUGACAAACACGUGUCAGUUCUCUUUUAGACUUGUAUACAUACAGGAUGUAUGUGAAUGUAAGUUCAUGUAUAUAUCAGGAUUGUUACAUGCAUGUUUGGUUUCUGACAUUUUGGCUUUUGGGGAAUCAGAUCGGCUUUUUUUUUUCUUUCUGACGUUUGUGUGUGAAAAGAAUGUAAUUUUGAUUCUACUCAGCUUUUUAUUUUUUACCAGAUGCAUUGUGUGUGAGAUACUUAAAAAUCAAGUUUUCAUGGGA